AAAAUUCCCUACAAAACAUGUUUUGUGAGAUCUUCCCUUCCGAUGCCUCUGUUAGGAUAUAAUGACUUUCCAAGUCGUGUACUACUUCCCUCAUAAGUCAAUUCGGUAUUAAUCAAUUUUCUUAUUAUGUAAUUAUGAAAAAUGGAGAUUAUCGAUUAGUGAUUACAUUCCGUGACGAUGAUUGAGGGUAAAUAUGGAGAAAAAAUUGGGUGUGUACCCGGUGGAAAUAAUUCGUGGGGCCGCGCCCAGUGCUCAGCGUGAAAGCAAAAACGAUUUUCUACGUUUUCAGUGGAUUUUUAGCGACCCACAAACCCACAACCCCAGCGGACAGCCCUUAGAGCCCUCCUUCGUUUCCAGUGGAAUACGAGGAGAAAAAACAUUGUCGAUAUGAAGUGAAGUAAAUUCAAGCGAAAUGGACUCAACGACUGUUUCACUAACGAUUGUAGACCCUUCGACGUCCCCCUGCACUCCGGAGGAAGUCGCUGCUAAUAUCAGAGACUGUGACGAGGGUAAUGUCGAGAAGUGGCUCGAGGACGAGGCACUCGGUGGCUUCAGGGUUUGGCAGCUCGCUGCUGUGGUUAUUUUAAUUAUUCUCACUGUCGUUAUUGGACUCUGCUGCUGCAUAAGGUUUCGAGUACCUCGGACUAAGCAGAACAUCGAGGCUGACUACGUGAGGAAAAAAUUGACGAAAAAUUUUCGAAGGGAGCUGUCGAAGAUUAGUAAUGGAGAGAUGGACGAAAUGAAUUUACGAAAAGCCCUAGAGAAGGUGCAAUUAUCCCUAGACCUCCAGGAGGACGAGCAACAGCCAGUGCCAACGGACAAGAGUCCUAAACCCUCACCCUCCGCCCUGAGCUUGAUGGUCCAAGUGAUGAGAACUCAUCUAUCAAAACCCCCCGAACCCCACAGCGUCAUCUAGCAUAACAUCCACACUCCGUCAUUCUUACUAUCUCAGUUUCUCAUUUUAUUGCUGUAAAUAUGAUACAUAAAUUCGUUGAUUCAGCAUGCAACAGUUAAUUCUACAGAGUACUCUACAGAUAAUAAUCUGUAAUUCAGGGAGUGACUGCAACGUGUCAGCCACUCCCACAAUAUUUACGUUAUUGUUUAAACCAAUUUUAUUUGCAGAUUAAACGAAAUUUAUUUCCCUUCAGAUAUAUAAAUCAUUCAAUAAAUAGACCAUUUGAUUGAUGUAAUUUGUAUGCUUAAUUAAAAUAGUCAUUUCUUUGAUUCCAAAGGGGUUUUCAUCUCUAGAGGAAUUUCUCUCUACGAAUUUACAUCGAUUUUCUCUUUUUUUUUGUUGUUUAUUUCAUUUUUUCUCUAAUAGAACUAUUACUUAUCUCUCGUACAGAAAUAUAAGGUACAGGUCUCUCAUUUUUCGAUUAAUCUAAUGACACUGAAGAAUUUAAUGAAAGAAUUCUAUUUAAUCUCCUGCGAUUUAAAAAAAAAUUCUGAAAAAAUUCUCUCUUCAUGAAAUUCCCUGAUUUUUUUUCUUUUAAUCGUGUGCGGUAUAAUGUCCAUUCGUAAGGUAAAAAUUUUCGUAUUAAAUAAUUUUGAUGUUAAAUUUUGUUAUUUAUUGUUUCAGCAAUCAAGUGGUGAACCGAAAAGGACAAAUCCGUUUUUUCUCUUCUCCAAAUUUAAAUUAUACCGAUAGCGAGAAGUUUCAGGGCAAAUCCUCCCAGCAUUUUUCGCAGAGAAUUUAAUUUCCUGCAAAUUAUUACUAGGAAAUUUUCUCCUGAAACAACUCAUUGACCGGAUAACCGCGUAGGCAGCGAAAUGUCCAAAUCGACUCGUUUGGGUUUCACGCGUUUCACCACUUUUUUGUUUAUCAAUAAUCUCUAGAGACUUAUCGCAGAGAGACAAGGAAAUAUUUUUAGAUCAAUAUAUUCUUUAUAUAUAAUAGUUUUUCUUCUUAGCAUUACAUAACGCUCACAGAGAAUAAAAUUUGUUUUUUUUUUGUUUUUUAUUUAUUUUUUCUUAAAAUUACACAGGAAUGACUAAUCAAUAGCAGUUAUUCCUGCUUCGACUAAGAUUAUCCGCCUUCAAUUAUUCCCCAACUUGAUAAUUAAUGAGCCUGAGGUGUUUGAUUAAUAAAAAUGGAAUAAAUGAGGGAGAGAAUUUUUGAAUUGGUGCUCAGCCCAGUUUACAGUUGCAAUAAUAAUUUUCAUUUCAUUAAAU